AUGAGACUGAACCUAGAGAAACAAAUCGCUGGCGAAACCACCAUAGAAAAACUGCCAGAAAAUAUUUUGUUGGACAUUCUGCGAUACCUGUCGAUGAAAGAUCGAUGCCGUUCACGGAGAGUUUGCAAAAAUUGGAGCCGAGUUCUUUCUGACAAUUCUUUAUGGAGACACGUUGAUCUGCUGGAAUACCGUCUGGAACUGCGGACAAUGUGGAAAAUUGUCAGAACCCAUUUCUCUCCAUGUCUUUUAACAAUGAAGAUUCGAGGUCAUGUGCUAGCAGGUGACCACAAAAGCUGGAGAGCCCCACUUUCUGAUGCCAUGCUGAAAAAUCUGGCUGCCCGCUGUCCAAACCUGCAGCUGCUUCAUCUUCAUGACUGUGGAACCAGCAACAUUUCUUUUGCUAGUCUUCCUCCAUCCAUCACAUGCUUAAAAAUAGUCAGCUCCUUUUGGCAGCCUCGAUGGAUGAAAGAUAAACAGAAGCAUCUGGCUAAGCUGGAACACUUGACCCUAAAGUCUGUGCAGGUGGAUGCCUAUGAUUUGGAAGACAUUGCUUUCUGGAAGAGCUUGAAAUGUUUGUCUCUUAUGGGAUGCUAUAGGUUAGGGACAUCUGGUGUGAAAACCAUUGCUGAUCAUUUGACAGAGUUAGAACUUUUAAAUCUUAGUGGUACUCACAUAGAUGACUUGGCAGUCCAUCACAUUGCUGCCUGCUUGACUAAGCUGAAGGAACUGAGUCUAGCCAAAUGCCCAUCGGUCAGUAACGGAGCUCUUGCUACAAUAGCCGAGGGACUUCCAGUGUUAAACAAGCUGGACAUUUCAUAUUGUCCACGCAUAACAAUGAUAGGACUAGAAUCAUUAUUCAUUAGCAAAUUAUCAGUGUUGAUUGUUGAACGCCUGAAAAGGUUGUCAGAAACAGAGAUACAGACUUUGAAAAGUGGUUUUCCUGAAGAUUUUAUUUUGAUAGCAUAG